AUGGCUGCUACGGAGCUCUUUGGUGAUUUCUGCCUCUCCUGCGACCGGCAGACCAACGGCACCACGUUCUGUUCUCAGGCUUGUCGGAUAGCUGAGCUUGAGCUGUACACGGGAUCGGAAUCUUCGAGCAGCCCGUACAACGGCACACGUCAAACAUACGCCCACCGGUCAACUGCAUCGGCCGGCUCGGGUUUCCAGCUUCCUCCCGCCUACGACUUUCGACGGCAGACCUCUACGACCUCACUCUCCACUUCCUCGUCCGACCUGUCUACUUCUCCCCCAUUGUCACCAUCCAAGACCAAGUUGACAGAUCAAGCCCGCAGUGACCUGCGUGAUUACGUUGGUGCCUUCGAUCAAACCAGAACCAUCCGAAGGAGAGUCUCGAUGCAAAGCAGUUGA